AACCCAAACCUUUGAGACAAUUAUUCGUGUUUUCAUUUCAUAAUAUAUUUUUCUCAUUUGUCAUCCUCUUCUACACCAUUAUUUAUCAAUCAUUUCUAGAAAUCAACUUCUAUAUUGUGUUUAUAUUAUAUAUAUGGUACGUAUCUUGCUUGAAUUUGGUGAGGAAUAAGAAGAAUACACACAAGUCUACAACCUAUAACUCUUGAUUCAGCACAGUUCAACUCGAGAAAGUGAAAGUGAUGGAACCAUUUACAAGAGACCAUCGAGGCUCACUUGAAGUCUUCAAUCCAUCUUCAUCUGACGACAACAACAACGAGAAUCCAAAUCCAAUCAAUUCAUGGAACACUUGGACAACAAACUCACGACCCAACGAAACUCCACAACAACCGACGCGUGACUCCAUCAACUCUGAUGAAGUCCCCGUCGCCACUUCCUGGAUGGCACUCAAAGAAACCACCUCUCCGUCAGUUUCCAACGAACCUGGCUCCGCUGCAGCACAACGAGCAGCAGAGUGGGGGUUAGUGUUGAAAACUGAUUCGGAGACGGGGAAGCCACAAGGAGUGGCAGUUAGAAGCUCCGGUGGUGGUUCAAGGAGGGACUCGAACAAUUCAAUGAGAAGUUCCGGUGAAAGUUCCGAUGAGGGAAGGGAGUUUAGAGGAAUCCCAAGAGUUUCGGAGGAUUUGAGAGAUGCUCUAUCAGCAUUUCAACAGACAUUUGUUGUUUCUGAUGCUACUAAACCGGAUUACCCGAUCAUGUAUGCUAGUGCUGGGUUUUUUAACAUGACAGGGUAUACUUCCAAAGAGGUUAUAGGAAGAAACUGUCGAUUUAUGCAGGGAGCUGACACAGAUCCGAAUGAUGUGGCAAAGAUAAGAGAAUCACUAGCAGCAGGAACAACUUACUGUGGAAGAUUACUAAAUUACAAGAAAGAUGGGACACCAUUUUGGAACCUUCUCACUAUUGCUCCCAUCAAGGACGAAAAUGGCAAAAUCCUCAAACUUAUCGGAAUGCAAGUGGAAGUUAGCAAGCAUACUGAGGGGACCAAGGAGAAGAUGUUACGUCCCAAUGGAUUGCCCAAAUCCUUGAUUCGAUAUGAUGCUCGUCAGAAAGAGAAGGCAAACUCAUCAGUAAAUGAGUUGGUAGAGGCAGUAAGCAGAAGACCAAGGUCACUCAGUGAAUCAGCAAACCGACCUCCCUUUAUAAAAGUGCCAACAAAAACAGUACAUAGUAGUGAUCAUGCAACACAAGAACUUCAAAAAACACCAUCCAAGUCAUCAAGGAGAAGAAAAUCCGAGAGUACUUUGCCUUCAUUUCGACGCAAAUCACAUUCUGGAGGAGGAGGAGAUACUCAUUUUAAUUCAAUGCAUCCCAUCACUGAGACCCCUGAAAAUAAAAUCAACUCGCGUCGCCGUUCUUUCAUGGGGUUCAUAAGGAAAAGUUUGUCAAACAAUGAAAGCUUCAAUGAUGAACAGCUUGCUGAUGAUGAGGAUAGCUCUGAGGAUGAUGAAAGGCCUGAUAGUGUUGACGAGAAAAUUAAAAAGAGGGAAAAGAGAAAGGGUCUUGAUCUUGCUACUACACUUGAACGUAUCGAGAAGAACUUUGUCAUUACUGAUCCUAGGCUCCCAGAUAACCCCAUUAUCUUUGCAUCUGAUAGCUUCUUAGAGCUUACAGAGUAUUCUCGUGAAGAAAUCUUGGGAAGAAAUUGCAGGUUUUUGCAAGGACCCGAAACUGAUCCUGCAACAGUGAAAAAAAUUAGACAGGCUAUUGACAAUCAAACAGAAGUUACUGUGCAGCUUAUUAACUAUACAAAGAGUGGUAAAAAGUUCUGGAACCUGUUCCAUUUGCAGCCAAUGCGUGAUCAGAAGGGAGAGGUACAGUAUUUUAUUGGAGUUCAACUUGAUGGUAGUCAACAUGUGGAGCCUCUUCACAAUCGCAUUGCAGAAGAUACAGCAAAAGAGGGAGAAAAUUUGGUAAAGAAAACUGCAGAAAAUGUUGAUGAUGCAUUGAGAGAACUCCCAGAUGCUAAUAUGAAACCAGAAGAUCUAUGGAUGAAUCAUUCAAAAGUGGUUCACCCUAAACCUCAUAGGAGGGAUGAUGCUGCUUGGAGAGCUAUUCAGAAGAUCAUGGAGAGUGGAGAACAGAUAGGCUUGAAGCAUUUUAAGCCAAUUAAACCUUUAGGGUCAGGAGACACUGGCAGUGUCCAUCUUGUGGAGCUAUGUGGAACUGAUCAACAUUUUGCCAUGAAGGCUAUGGAGAAGGCUGUUAUGCUCAACCGUAAUAAGGUGCAUAGAGCUUGCACAGAGAGAGAAAUCCUUGACAUGUUGGACCACCCUUUUCUUCCUGCAUUAUAUGCUUCCUUUCAGACGAAAACACAUAUUUGUUUGAUAACUGAUUACUGCCCUGGAGGAGAAUUGUUCCUGCUGCUCGAACGCCAGCCAGCAAAGGUUCUCAAGGAAGAUGCAGUGAGAUUUUAUGCCGCUGAAGUAGUUACUGCAUUGGAGUACCUUCAUUGUCAAGGGAUAAUAUAUAGGGAUUUGAAGCCAGAAAAUGUGUUACUACAGAGAAGUGGACAUGUGUCUCUAACAGAUUUUGAUUUGUCCUGUUUAACAUCUUGCAAACCACAGCUUUUAAUUUCAACUACAAAUGACAAGAAGAAAGGACAACAAGCUCCAAUAUUUAUGGCUGAACCAAUGAGAGCAUCAAAUUCUUUUGUUGGCACAGAAGAGUACAUAGCUCCGGAAAUUAUCACUGGUUCUGGCCAUACUAGUGCUGUGGAUUGGUGGGCUCUUGGAAUUCUUCUAUAUGAAAUGAUUUAUGGAUAUACACCAUUCAGGGGAAAGAAUAGGCAAAGAACAUUUGCAAAUAUUCUCCACAAGGAUCUUAGAUUUCCCAAAAAUAAACAGGUUAGUCUCAGUGCAAAGCAGUUAAUUUAUCGCUUGUUGCAAAGAGAUCCAACUAGCAGGUUGGGUUCAAAUGGAGGAGCAAAUGAUAUCAAAAACCAUCCCUUCUUCAGGGGUAUCAAUUGGGCCCUAGUCCGAUGCACGAAACCUCCUGAGCUUGAUGCUCCUCUCUUUGAUACAAAUGAAGAAGAAAAGGGAAAGGAAAAGGAAGACAAAUAUGUAGAUAUUGGACAAGAGAAUAUGAGUGUCUUCUGAAAGGUUUCUUUGUCAAUCUCCACACACCAGUUUAUUUGGGUUCUUGAGGACUAAGUGGAAUUUUCAACAAUUGUUUUGAUGAUGGCCAAGGCAUGAGGCUAGCCCUGUCAAAUUUAUAUAUCAGCUAGAUUAUGUAAAAUGUUUCAUUUUUAAUUUAUGAACAAUGUGAUUUUUUUUCGUUGAUGUGUAAAUUUUUUUCGCAUUUCCUCCAUUUGAUAUUAAUUAUCACUAAGGUGUUAAGAAAAUUAUUAACGUGGGAUAAAGCUUGAUUGUUGUUGU